CAGCAGAAAGGUACAGUAUAUCUAGCCCGGGAGCUACGAGGUGGUGGACGAACCCGGGCCAUCAAAGUUGUUCAAAAGGAUUUUGUAGUACGGCAUCAGAAGCUCGAAGCAGUUGUCCGUGAAAAGGACAUUUUAGCAUCGCUCAGCGCAGAACAUGGCGGGCAUCCAUUUGUUACUCGACUCUACUCGACUUUUCAUGAUCCAGAGAGAUUCUUUCUCGCUACGGAUGUGGCCCAUCUGGGUGACUUGUUGGGUGCACUCAAUCGUCUGGGAUCGUUCGAUGUCCCGAUGUCCCGGUUCUAUGCAGCGGAAAUUGUUGUCGCUCUGGAAUUUGUACACAAAUGCGGUGUUGUCCAUCGUGAUGUCAAGCCGGAAAAUGUCCUGAUUCGAAGAAAUGGUCAUAUCAUGCUUACGGAUUUUGGUAGUGCUCAAAUAUAUAACAAGAAAUUGUUCAUUCCCUAUGAAGAAGAGAAUGAAUCCCCGACCCAAGUCCAAGGGCAAGCAAGCCAGUACCGACACUAUCUUGACACCAUUGCAUCCAACAGUAGCAGUUCUUCACUGGAAUCUGAUGAGCACCAUGUGGGUGGUCCCGAGCGUCGUGCCACGUUUGUCGGUACUGCCCAAUAUAUUAGCCCAGAGAUGUUGCGAGGCGACCAAGUUGGACCACCAUGCGAUUAUUGGGCACUCGGUGUUAUCGUGUUCCAAAUGAUCUCAGGAGAAGCUCCAUUUCGAGCUGUGAACAAUUUCCAUCUGAUGAAUAAAAUUCAGAAGCUUGAUUUUUCAUUUCCUGCAGAAUUCCCUGAUGUUCCAAAAGAUUUUGUCUCGAAACUGCUGGUAUUGGAUCCUCGGGUUCGACUUGGAUCCGAUAAUUUGGUGGAUCUCAAAUCCCAUGAAUUCUUUCAUGGAAUCGACUGGGAAAACAUUAUGAACGUAGAACCGCCGGGAAUAUUUCCAUCAAUUGUGUCUGGCCUAGAAGAGGCUGAGCUCAAAUCAGUAGAUGAGAUGCCCGAGCCUGGUCUUAACGAAAAGGCUCUCAAACGACUGAUGAAUUUGUCACUGAUGGAAAUGGGUCUUUCCAAGCAAGUAUCCCUCGAUAGCGAUGUUCAAAGUGACAUGGUAGAACUUCCCAGGGUUGACAAGAAAGCCCUAGUAGCGAGACAGCGAAAGCUGGAAAAGCAACGCCAGGAAAACCCCUAUCAUAUGUUCGUGCAGGAUAAUUUGAUCAUUCGUUCCGGUCUCAUUGACAAGAAAAAGGGACUAUUCUCCCGGAGACGGAUGUUCUUGCUUACUGAGGGCCCACAUCUUUUCUAUGUUGAUCCAAACAGUAUGGAACUGAGAGGGGAAGUUCCAUGGUCCCCAUGUAUGAGAACGGAAGCGAAAAAUUUCCGAAGCUUCCUCGUUCAUACUCCCAAACGAAUCUACUACUUGUUCGAUCCCGAGUCGAGAGCUCUAGAGUGGUGCAAAGCGAUAGAUCAGGUAAAACGACGCUAUGCAGACAGAAUAGCGGAGUCGUAUGUGAGGGCAGUAAAGGAUGGCACGUAUGGUAUAAAUAAGUUUAAGAAAUCGAGUAAUUACUUUGGUGACAAACGAAAAAAGUCGGAAGAGGUUGGCGGGAAACAUGACGGCCAAUCGACCUCUGUACCAUAUUGA